ACUUUCUACAAAUAUCUAUAAGAAAUAUUUUUAAUCUCAUAAAUCUGAUGAAAUAGCACAAAAGAAUGAUGCCUGAGUAUUUUUUUUGGUUCUGGAGGACGUUGACCUUUGACCGAACCAACAUGGCGGAUGCCGCGAAAUCUGAGCUCGAGGGGGUUGCCAUGGAGACAGAGGGUGAGGAGGUAGUGGACGUGGAGUCGGAUGUCGAGGUGACGUGUUACUGUGGGAAAGGGCGGGACGGACUGAUGUACUUCUGUGAUGGUUGCAAACUGUGGUUCCACCCAGGUUGUCUGAAGACAAACCGUCCAAGUUGUUUGGAAGGAGACAACUUCUUCAGGUUCACCUGUGCCAGGUGCAACGAGAAGGGACAGGAGUGGUUUGAACGGGUCCGCCUCACAUGGCAGCAGGUUGUCAUCUUGACGAUGUACAACCUCCAGCUGGCGGGGCGUGGCAAGAAGGGGUACUUCCGCUGGAAGGAGGACAUCUGCUCCUUCAUCGAGAAGAACUGGACUCUUCUUCUUGGAGACAGAAAGAAGACCUCAACUUGGUGGAGCACCGUUGCCGGGGUGUUGUCCGUAGGCAACCACCAGGUGUUCCGAUCAGGAGCGAGAGAAUUCAACGAACCUGCAUGGUGGGGCCUGAUCGAGAACAAGCCACCCGUGUACUGGCCAGAAAACUCAGGCGAGGCCCCGCCCAAACAGGUGUUUAAGCGCCCGCGGAGGGACAUGUUUGAGCCGACCAUCCGCGUCGAAGGGCUGAGGUGUCGGAAAAAACAGAUGUCCAUCCAGUCAGCUAUGGAGAUCAAGGAGAAGAGGUCCAGGACUCUGGAAGCGAAGGACAUCAGGAAAGCCAAGAAAGGGACAUCAGUGUCUCCCCAGGUAAGCACAUUCAUUUUCCUUUCUUCAUCUUUGCCUGGAUCCACCUCAUCAGACACAUCGCCAAACGUGUCCCGGGAGGACCUGGCCACGCCCACCCCUACGCCCUCAGAUGACCUCGAGUUCUCAGAGACAGAGAUGUUUGCAGGGCUGGAUUCCCGUUCUGCCUGCAGCACUCCUCUGAGUGGCUUCCUGACAGAGAGAGACCUCAGGCCAGAUGAAACCCUUCCUGAAGCGAUACUGAGUGAUGACGCAGACCUGGAGCUCGACCCUGGCAUGGAGCUCCCCCCCUCCAACCUCUUCAGCUGCCCCACCCCCCCUCCUACCACCCCCCAGGAGGGGGACAAACAGGAGAAGAGAACGUCCACAGAGGGAAGUGAGGAAGGGGAGAGUGAGGGAGAGGAAGAACACAAAGUGAAGGAAGAGGUAGUAGAGAAGGUAGAUGAUGCUGAAGAAGAGAAAGGUGCAGUGCGGAAAGGGAAGGAGGAAGAGGAGGAAACAGAGGAACCCAAGAAACCAAAGUACGUCACCAUGAGCCUGUAUGAGGAGAGGCAGCUGCUGCGCCACCUGAAUGCGCACCUGACGGCAGUGGACAGCAUUCCGCAGGCGCGUCGGCUGCGCAGGAAGCUGCUGGUCAGGCAGAUGAAGAGAGAGAGAGGACUGCCCCUGUUUGACAUUGACGCUGCGGUGGCAGCGAGUAUCCAAGAGGCAACGGGGACAGCAACCGCGACCGACAACGCUUGGCCGGAACCCUUCAGUCCGUCCAGGCUGCAGGGGCUCGUCUCAAGGUCGGCCGGCGACUUCCGCAUCCUGGACCGGUUCCAGAGCCGGGCGCACACGGUGAAGGCACAGGGGCAGCAGCCACGCACCUUCCUGAACAGGCUGGUGGGGACGGACGAACAGACAGGGCUGCAGAGUAUCAUCAGUCCUUACACUGCCAGAGUACUGAAACCCUACAUCAGGCGUGACUAUGAGAGCAGACCACUCAAACUCAAACUUCUCAUGGAGAUACAGGCCUAUCCACACAGGAAUGACCCCACGUGGAUAGCUCCCCCUCCCGCACCCAUAGACUACUGCUACGUCCGUCCACAGCACAUCCCAACAGUCAACGCCCUGUGCAGACAGUACUUCUGGCCUGGCAUCGACUUGUCUGAAUGCCUGCAGUACCCAGACUUCAGUGUGGUGGUGCUGUACAAGCAGGUGGUGAUUGGCUUCUCCUUCCUCGUACCCGACGUCAAAAUCAACGAGGCAUACGUGUCGUUUGUUCUGGUCCACCCGGAGUGGAGACAGGCGGGAAUCGGAACCUUCAUGAUGUACCAUCUCAUACAGACCUGUAUGGGGAAGGACGUGACCUUGCACGUCUCCGCCACUAACCCCGCCAUGAUGCUGUACCAGAAGUUUGGCUUCAAGGUCGAGGAGUUUGCCCUUGACUUCUAUGACAAGUACUACCCCGAGGACAGCACGGAGUGCAAACACGCCUUCUUCCUCAGGCUGAGGAGAUGAACCGGGAGGAGCUUUGGGGUGUCUUUAAAGUGUCUUAAGCAUGGAGUUUAGGCACAAGUUCUUCCUUACGUUGAGAAGAUGGAACCAAAAGACUGGCUUUCAUAGAAUAAGGGACACAUUCUGCCACUGUCAGCAACAGUUCACAUUCAGGGAACAGAAAAUAACAUUUGGUGCUCCUCUGGAAGUCUGGUCUUUUGUUCUUAUGUAUGUUUUAUGAUUCAAUCAGAAAGUAGUUUGAAGAUUGAUAGGUUGGAAAUACAUGUACCUUUUUUGACAUGUUUGUCCUACACAGCUAAGUACUUGUCAGAAACAAGUAAGACAUUUGAGCUAGAAUAGGUGCAGAAAUCUUGAGUUCACUGUCUUUUCACUUCUUUGUAAUUAAUAUCAUCCAAUUGAGAUUACCGAUUCAGGACUGGUUGAAUAGUUUGGUUGCACAGUUGAUAUAUGUAUGUCAAUGGUAUGCCCAACAGUAAUUGCAUCUCUAGUCAUCUCCUUUCCAACUGACUAUAAAAUGCCUAGCGGGUACUAGCAUUAAGGAGGUUACCUGCUCAUAUAGCCUCCAUGCAGGCAUGUAUUAAGAACAAAGACUGUCUAUGUUUUGAAGAGACAGAAAGAAAGGAAGAAAGAGAAACCAUUUAUUUUUAAACUUAUGUUUACCAGUUAUCAUGAUGAUGAUGUUUUCAUGACUGUCAUCAUCUGACUCUAGAUAAAAGUAAAGAAUCAGCUAUCUGUUACAGAUACAUAUUAUAUUAUGUAUAAAGUUGGUGAAUCCUUUGUUUUUUUGUCUUUUUGUUUGAAUGUUGACAUAAUUAUACAGAUUCAGUAACACACAUGUGGAAGUUGAAUAAAAAAACUUAACGAAUACAGAAACUGA